AUGUCCGCUUCGCCGGAACCAUAUCUACUGGCAUCGACCAUUCUCACCCCGGAAGAACUACCCAAACUCGCCCUCGUCACCUACGAUCCCUCAGCAUCUCACAACGAUGACGCAAGUGGCAGCCAAUCACCAACACCACCACCCCACACGCAGCGCAUCUUUGUCAUUGUCUCCAAUGUCUCCUUCGGUGUAGAGCAGUCGUGCGUGCUCGUCAUCAAGCCACGCCGAAAGGAUCCAACCACGGCAGUCCUGCUUGAAGCGAUACCCAUCCUGCCAGAUCUCAAGAUCGAAAUUGAACCGCAGCAGGGGUUGACCGCAUCCGCGGCUACUCCUCGCAAUCAUCCUCCAGCAGCGACGACGUUGGGACUGUCGAGCUUGCCGCAGACUUUGCCGACGAUACAUGCGCUGUUGGAAAGUGUGGUGCCGGAUCUGUUCGAUAGCAAGGCGGUGGAUAGCUCGAAUGCUGCGUUGAAGCUGACGCUUUCGCAUGGUAGCCAGGCUGCGUCGGGUAUGACGAGCGAUGCCAGGGGGUUGAAGGAUUUCCUGAGCGUGUUGAAGGAUCUGCUCAAGGUGGCGCAGGAGCAUUCGUUCGAGGAGGACAAGACGCAUGGGUGGAUGAAGGCGUAUACGGAAGAGCUCUCUCACCAUUCCGCAUCGCAUGUGGGCGCAGCAUCGCAACUCGACACACCUAUCUUUUCACGCUUCACAAACAGCGCUUUCCUCCCCAGCAACGCUGCAGCACACAUCGCACGUCCCGCAUCUCCAACCGCCUCCGACAUCCGCAUCUCCGUAGGCACGUUCAACGUCAACAGCCACCUCCCUCCGGACGACAUCCCCACCAUCAUCGGUCUCAAGAAAUGGAUCAAAGCGGAACAGGAUCCCGACCUCAUCGUCCUAGGUUUUCAGGAAGUGGACAACUCCAGCGGAGCGUACCUCUACCACUCCCCCGCCAAGGAGGAUGCGUGGGUGCGUGCGAUCACGAGGGCGCUGGGAAGACGCAGCGAAAAGUACUGCAAGUUGGCGUCGAAGCAGUUGGUCGGGUUGAUGGUGUUGGUGUUUGCAAGGGAAGGGUUGGAGGUGGACGAGGUGGCGACGGCGAGCGUCGGGGUGGGGUUGGGUGGGUUUGUGGCGAACAAGGGGGCGGUGGCGGUGAGGAUGGGGGUGGGGGAGAGGACGAUUUGUUUUGUGAACUCGCAUCUGUCGGCGAUGGAGGGAUUGCAGGCGAUGGAGAGGAGGUGUUGGGAUUGGAGCGAGGUGUACAAGAGGUUGCGGUUUAGGUUGGAGAGGGACAAGGUGGAUUUCUGGGAGACACCCAAAGGGGAGGGGGAGAAUCGGUUCAAGACGCAGCAGGAUAUGAAGGACGAGGUGAUGGAUGCGGAGGGGAGUGGUGACAGAGGCUUGAUGGAAAAGGAUGAUAGCAAUCCAGUCGGUGAGGAGGUUCCGAAACCUUUCACCAUCUCAGCGACUGACCCCGACAAUCAACCAGCAGCCCCUCCCGGCAUCACCGACGAGCUCACCUCCGCCGCCUCCCUCGACAUCACCUCCGACUUCAUCCCCCCCUCCCAUCCUCCACCUUUCUCCACCACCUCCACCUCUCCACCCUACGUCGAGCAGUCCAUUACCGACCACGACAUCAUCAUCCACUUUGGCGACCUCAACUUCCGGCUCGACCUCUCGCACUCGGAAGCGCACCGUCUCAUCCGUCAGAACGAUCUCGCUACGCUCUACCGGUACGAUCAGCUGGAAUCUCUGCGGACGUCCGGAUCGCUGUUCGACGACUUCCACGAGGGCAGGACGGCGGCGUUUGCACCUACGUACAAGUUCGACAGGGGCACGGAUGUGUACGAUACGAGCGAGAAGAUGCGGGUUCCGGCGUGGACGGAUAGGGUGUUGUGGUGUGUGACGCGCGAGUGGGAGGAGGAUGAGGUGGCGAAGGAGUCGAUGACGCGGGAGGAGGGGGAGAGGGAGAGGAGGCAGGGGGUGGUGUUGCAGGAGUAUGCGAGCGUGACGGAUCUCAAGUUUAGCGAUCAUAGGGCGGUGCGUGCUACGUUCAUCGUUAGGAUCAGGUGA